CCAUAGAUGUAUUCCCGAAUCGUAUAAAUUCAUCGAUUUCUUUUGUACCUAAGAUGAUUUAAAAAAAAUUAAGUUUAUUAAUGAGUUAAUAGUGUUGUUUUGAUGCGAUUGAGUUAUUUUGAGUUCAAAACCGGGUUAAAACGAGUAUUAACCGGAUUAAUCUGAUUUGAAAAUUUAAAUUUCGCGCGAAAAAAUUAAUAAGCGUCGGUAAAGUAGAUUUCUAAAUUGAAACGUCAAAAUCUUGUCAUAACAAUAUGGAACGAUUUUAAAAGAAAUUAAUAAUUUUUAAUUAAUAAUCGAGUUAAAAACAUGCUUAAAUCGCAAAGGUAAAAAAGAUUAACUAAAGUAUUAAUUCAAAGCGGGAUUAAAAUGGAUAAAACUCUCGAAAUUUUUUAUACGAUACUAGGAAUCUUAAUUGCGAUUACUUUAAGAUUGGCAACUUCGUUACAUUCUUAUUCAGGGCAAGGAAAACCUCCAAUGUUUGGCGAUUACGAAGCUCAAAGACACUGGAUGGAAAUUACAGUUAAUUUACCGGUUAAAGAAUGGUACCGAAACUCCACAGAUAACGAUUUAAUGUAUUGGGGGUUAGAUUACCCCCCUUUAACGGCGUAUCACAGUUUUAUAUUUGGGGUAAUUGCAAAAAUGAUCGAUAAAGAUUAUGUGGAAUUAUUUAAAAGUAGAGGCUUUGAAAGUGAGGCUCAUAAAUUGUUUAUGAGAUACACCGUUUUAAUAAGUGACCUUUUAAUAUUUAUACCAUCGGUUGUGUUAUUCUUUUGGAGCGUUAAAAAGGAUCUAAAAAAUAAAUUUGGGGUUAUAUUAACGUUGUUUUACCCCGGAUUAAUUUUAAUCGAUUAUGGGCAUUUUCAAUACAACUGUGUUUCGUUGGGGUUAUUAAUAUUUUCGGUUAGUUUUUUGAUGAAAAAACGCAACGUUUUAGCCUCAAUUUUUUUCUGCUUGUCUUUAAACUUUAAACAAAUGGAAUUGUACCAUGCGUUUCCUUAUUUUUUUUAUUUAUUGAGCCAAUGCAUUCCAAAACCGAAUCAUUCGAUCCUCUCAGGUGUUUUUAAUCUAAUUAAAAUCGCAAUUGCGGUGGUUUUAACGUUCGUUUUGGUUUGGUUUCCUUUUAUUUUUAGUUUAAAUGAUUUAUUUCAAGUGAUUCAUCGGUUAUUUCCGCUUGCCCGGGGGGUUUUUGAGGAUAAGGUGUCGAAUUUUUGGUGUUUUUUGAACAUUUUUUAUAAAUUAAAAAGGUUUUGUCAAGCUGAGAUGGUUCGGAUUUGUACGAUUACCACAUUAAUUGCUGUUUUGCCAUCUUCUAUUGAUUUAUUCGUACGACCUAACAUUAAAAAAUUCGUUCCAAGUUUAAUAAACUCUUCAUUAUCAUUCUUUUUAUUUAGUUAUCAAGUUCAUGAAAAAACGAUUUUAGUCGUUGCAACUCCUGUGUUGUUGUACUUACCGUUUAACCCCAUUCCAUGUUUUUGGUUAUUAAUAAUUUCCAUUUUUAGUAUGUUUCCAUUAUUAAUUAAAGAUGGGUUAAUUAUCGCUACAUUUUCUUUAACCAUGAUUUAUUCCAUUACUUUUAAAUUAGUUUAUUUAGAAACUAAUAAAAUGGGAUUUUCAAUUGGAUUAAAAGGGUUAUUAAAGGAUUUCUUGGAUGAUAAAUCAAAUUUUUUCAACGUUUUAUCUAAACAUAAAACGUUUUUGCAACGUUUAUUAACCUCUUCGUUUAUAAUCGUUUCGAUAUCCACGUUGAUUUUGUUGUGCUUAAUUUCGUUAAUUUUUAAGCCACCAAUUCAUUACCCCGAUUUAUUCCCUUUAUUAAUCUCGACGUUUUCUUGCUUACACUUUAUAGGGUUUUACGUUUAUUUCAAUUGGAUCCAACUUAGAAUACCACAGAGUUUUGAUGAUAUUAAGUUAAAAAGUUUGUAAAUAAACCUAAAAAUUUUUUUUGAGGUUA